UAAAAUUUGUCUAUUGGCCGAGUAUACGAGGCCACGUGAUCGUGAACGAAGACACACGAAUGCGCACCAGUCGAUCUUGCAUCGCGAGAAGAGUGGAUCGAGCUCCCGCCACCACUGCCCACCACCGCCGUAACUGGCAGCGCGGCUCAGCUGUUUCUGUUUACUAAACAAAGGAGUCGGGAAAUCAGUUCAACGGUGGACGGCGAGCGGGACACGUUCGUGUGUCCGUUGGCGACACCACUUCAUUUUCUAACCCCUUUUUUUGACCAAUCAACAAAACCGAUCUCGCUUCAUAGUAGCGGAGAAAAAUCGCAAGUGCUAGUCCGACCAAGGUAUUCCAGGGAGGUUCGCCGAUCGUUGAACACCGGACACUCGAGAGACAUCGGAGGACCGAAGCGAGAAACGACGAGAAAGCAAAUGCAGUAAGUAUGCCGUCGUUGCUGGAAGCGCUGGAGCUGAAGUACGGCGGUUCAACGACCGACUGCUCCCUCACGGACGAGGAGACAGAGACGAGCUCGCCGAAGGCCGCCCUCUCGGUCAGCAUUUUCAUACCGAAGAAAUCACCCCGUCAUACGGUACCCGCGCUGCUCGUGCUGCAGGACUGCGACAUCGAGUCGGCCGGCAACGAUGCCGAGAAACUCCGUAAUAAAUGCAAGAACGUCGAGGAGCUCGACCUCGCGCAGAAUAAGCUGUCUCAAUGGGCCGAGGUUUUCGGUAUACUCCAACACAUGCCGAAGAUCAAGUUCGUGAACCUCAGCUUCAAUUGUCUGGCCGAGGUGCUCGAAGUGAAACACGGUAGUUACGAUCUGCUGAAGAAUUUAGUACUGAACGGUACCAGAGUCACUUGGUCGACGGUACAAGGCCUGAUACGUCUGCUCCGUAACUUGGAAGAGCUUCAUCUGUCGUUGAAUGAGUACAAAACGGUGGACGUGGAUCAUCAGAAGCCGGAGAACAGAAACUUAUCCGUGAAAAAGCUUCAUUUCACUGGGAACCCCGUCGAGGUGUGGAACGAGAUCUCGAAGCUCGGUUACAUGUUCCCGAAUCUGGAGAGCCUCGUGUUAGCCGAGUGCCCGAUAAGGUCGUUGGGCCUCGAGGACAACAGGAACUCGAACGAGACGGAAACCUGCCCGAAGACGACGGAGUCGGAGGAUCACGUGAGCCAAGACAAUGCGAACAUGAACAAUCUGGAUGCCGAGGAGAACACGUCGGUCGAUGAAAAAGGGAACAGAAUAUUCGCCGAGGGAAAGGUGAAUUACGACAGGUCGGAGUCCGAGUCUGAGUCUAGCGGCACGACCAUUAGGUCCUCCCACGAUCCUUUCAGAAAACUUAGGUUCCUGAACGUGAACGGUACCCUCUUGUCCACAUGGGACGACAUCGAGAGACUGGCCAGGUUUCCAGCGCUGAAAUCUCUCAGGAUUCAGGGAUGCCCUCUUUUCGAGAGUCCUCGAGAGUAUACGGAACACGAGAGGCGACAACUUUUAAUCGCCCGACUGCCAAACGUCGAGACGUUGAACGGCGGUGGAGUGAUAUCCUCCCAGGAACGCGAGGACGCCGAGAGAGCCUUUAUAAGAUACUACAUGGACAAACCGGAAGCAGACAGACCCGAAAGGUACUCCGAGCUGGUGGCUAUUCACGGAAAGCUGGAUCCUCUGGUACACGUCGAUCUGACUCCCGAGAAGAGGGUCAAGGUGACGUUCACUUACGGGGACCUGAUCGAGGUGCGAUCCAUAGACGUGUACAGAACAGUUUUCGAGUUGAAAACCAAACUGGAAACAAUGGUGAAAAUCCCGGCGAACAGGAUGAGACUAUUUUACGUGGAUCAGGUGAUGAAGGCGCAGUACGGACCAGAGGAGAUGCUGUACCCGAACAAGCAGCUCUAUCGGUACAACAUCCGGAACGGCGACGAGAUUAUAAUCGACAGCAAGCUGAAUCGUUGCGCGUCGACGUCUUCGACCACGUCUUCCAUUCGUUCCUGAAGGCGGUUCUUCAGCGAAUCGUCGGACGAUGCGAAACCUACCUGACGAUAGUUGGGAUCUGAUCUCCAUUUACGGGUCUAGAGAUCAAGCUCUGAUCUCGAUCGUAGAUCGGCCACGGAAGGAGACGUCCGGGAUUUUCUUUUUUACAUAUAAAAACCGACUAAAAUUGUUCUAGCGGUUAUUUGUAUCGAUUCUUCGAGACGAUGGACGGCGUAAAAGAGCAUGAUAGGAACUGGAGGAUCGGUCGCGUUUACGCUUGAUCAACGAAUUUCGGAUUUUUACUAUACGUCGACGCUAAACGUUUCUUAAAAAAUGGAAAAUUCUCCCGCGAAUCACAUGCAUACGAAUACGACACUGUGUUUUUACGAGAAAUUUCAAUGGACGCGAUGAGAAUAUGUUUCGCGACUCUUCGUCCGAGCUUCGCGUUAAUAAUUAGUGUAGAUCGCAGACAAGUCGGAGAAGAGCGUGAAGAUGACGUAAAGUACUUAGUUAAAUAAUAUCCAAUUUACAAGAUUGUUUUUCAAGUAGUGAACGUUGCCUGUCGCUUCGGAACGUGGAAAUUUAUAUCUUAUUAGCGGCCCGAUCGUAACAUUUGACUGAGAAAUCUGUAAACGAGGGAAAAUCGUAAUCGUACAGCUAAAUAUCGUAUAUUACGUAGAGGAAACAAAAUUGGUGCGUUCGUUUACACGCAAAACACAAUCUAAGAGGACGUUUACGUUUCAUAUGUUAACGUUUCGUAAUGAUAAGAGGACUCGACGAAGAGUAAAGACGAUGGAGAUACAAAAAUUCCGUGACUGCAAAAGAGAAUAUAAACUAUUUUUGUAGAACGCAGUUAGGGACAAAUCAUGGGGCAAUGAUAAAAAUAUACGGUAUACGUACACUGUUACGUUUUGACUAAUGAGAAAGUUCUUUAAUCCGUGCAAAAUAAGUGUAAUACGUGGUUUUACGUAGCUUUUAGAAAAUCGAGACGAUUGUUUUUAUAUUUUUAAGCUUUAUUGUCCAGUAUAAAGAGACGAGCAUUCAUACUGUUCAUUUCGUUUUAGAGAGACAUUUUAAACAUAAAACGAUUCACGUUAUAUUUUUAUGCAUUUUUAAUGUGUACUUAAGCUUCGCAGAUAUCGGUACGCGAUACCGAUCAAUUAAGCGUCACUAACAACUGUAAUAUACGUCUCUAACUCUCGAUACCAUUUUAGUUGAUAAUUUACGAUCGUCUUUCAGUGUAUCUAUUAUUGCGUGGAACUUAAAGAAAGGAAUACGAAGAGGUCGGUUGAUACUCGCGUACAAGCGUACGUUGAAACAGUUUAGGUAAAAAAGGGAGAACGUGUUUCGACUUAUUCCGCUUGCAGAGGAAGGACCUUGAAGAGUCAGUGGCUGCCUUUUAUUAGCGUAACUCGAAUACUUCUAACACUGCCCUUGUAAAUACCAUAAACGCGUAUAACCGAAUUCGUAGACUCUUCACGGUUGUGCGUUGACCCGUUUGUGUUCCGCUGCGAUUCCGGCAUUGGAUGUUCCAUUUAGAAUUAAACGAAAAUAAGCCGACGUGAGAGAGGCGAGGAAUUUGUGAAGUAAAACAGAAACGGAAAAGCAAAGGUGCACGAAUUGGGAACGGUCGGUCGACGCGUUUCUGAAUAAUCGAACCCGGCAACGCGAACGUUCUUUGAUGUUGGAUCUCAAGGUCGUCGACGAUUUCACGGUGGCCGCGGCCACGUGUCCUCGUUUGAUCGAUGAACACGGCGAGAAACGUCCCUGAGAAUCCAUACCCUACAUGUGUCUAGUCUCGGAAAAGGAAACAGCAUUGUUCUCGUUUUAUAUAAUACGAUCCUUUUUUGUGCUGGCGCAAAUGUGUACGUACUAACGAAAUAAAAACCUUUAUAUGAGA